AUGAAAUCGAGCAAGACGUUCCUGGCCCGAGUGGCACUGGCCGCUUUGUCAGUAUUGCUGGUGGCCCUUCAAAUUGCAAAGUCCAUUGGUCCCAUUACGGCCAUCCUUCUCUACGAGCAGCAACAGCAAGAUCAAACGCCAAAGAAGAAGAGCCAAACGCAACGAAUCAUGGAAUCCUUUGCUGCGAACCAUGAUGAUAAUGAUCCAUCCAUACUGGAGACAGUCAAAGAGCCGCCCAAAGAAUCGAGGAGAAACACAAAGACCCACGUGGAUCAAAUCAUGAAACAAGCGUUUCAAUCCAACCAAGAACGAGCACAAAGCCAAAUACAAAAACAACGACAAGAGCUCACUGUGGACAACCAGUUUUUCCACAAGAGAUCCGUGGAACACACACGGUCGUACAAAGUCUCUCUGCAAACGACACCACGAUCCACUGCAGCUACUACUACUACUUCAGCAGAUUCCCCUGAAAAAAAGGCAGGUACCUCGAAUAAAACCAAGCAGCAACUCCCAACCACAAUUCGCCACAAUACAGACUUCUUUUUCGAUCCACCGCCCAUGAAUUCCACCACCAUUCGGGCAUGGGGUUGUACACCCCGCAAUGAAACACCCUUUAUCUUUGUCCAUCUCGGCAAGGCGGGUGGAGGAGAAGUCCGGGCACGAAUUGCCGCCUCGGCCGAAGCCUAUCAACGCAGUCUCUGGCACCACCACAAACAAGAUCCCAGCUACUACUAUCCCAUUCGCAGUGGUGGUCGAAUGUGGAAGGGGAAAAUGGUCAAUAGUGAAAUGAACAACUUUUUGCCCAUGGACGACGUCGAUGACAAUGACCAACAACAAUUUCCCUAUUCGAAAAUCUUUACGUUUGAAGGAAUCAGUUCCUGCCACGCCACGACGCCGUUGGGGCAUGCCAUGGCAUGUGGCUUUGAAAAGGACAUGUGCGAGCCUCAUCGAGAAAGUGACCGAAACUACUACAAGAAAACUGCUGCUGCCAAUAAGAACACUAGUAGUAUUAGCAGUAGUAGAUGCGAUACCAUCUACUUGGGCCACAAUGUGAUUGGCAACGAGCUGCACUGGUUGCCCACGUCCUUUUUGGUGCAGUGGUGGAAUCAAUCCACAUGGUCGAGGUCAUUGCCAUUAUCAGACAGCAGCAGUACAAGUUCAACUCAAACCAGUGGUGUCAAGAAAGAACAAGACGAUUACAUUCGGGCAGUGGGGCAAAAACUGGCCAAUCGAUUCAACCGCAGUCAUCUUGUCUUUGAUGCCACCCAAAAACGGACCGUCAAGCGAAUGUGUAAAAGUGGCUCCUUGACCAAACGAUUUUGGUACAUGAGACUCUACCAAAAAUGCAUGAAACCAAUGGUGGAAGAGUCGGACCUUUUGGCACGCAAAGCCAUUCACGGUAGUAGUACGUCCCAAUCUCAAAGAAAGCAAUUAACCGAGAGCGAACUGCAUUGGUCGUCCGUCUACGCGUCUCUGCCCGUGUUGCGAGUUACACUGUUACGAGAACCCUUUGCGUGGCUCACGAGUCGUUUCUUUUGGAGAUUGGAGCAUGCGGCAGCGAGUGGUGACGGACAAGUAAUUGUACCCUUUGUGGGAGAGCAGCAAUCCGAUUGGGAAUACGCCGUGGUGGCAAAGAAACGAAAACAGGACGGCAAUCGCAAUCAACUACACAAAACACAGUGCGACAAUGUCCAGGAACUCGCAUACGGAUGGGGAAAACAAUCUGCUAUGGAAUAUCUCAUUUACUUUUGUGGUGAACAUUGUAUGGGGCAAUUGCAGUUCAUCAAUACGAGGUAUGGGUCCUUCGAGGCGGUGCGGAAGAAACAAAUGGCAAGGUACCUAAAAGUCAUGGAAGACCAGGCUGCCUACAAUUUGCGAAAUUCGUUUGCGGUUGUUGGGAUCUUUCCCAAAACGAAGGACUUUUUUGACAUGAUUCGAAAGCGGGUAGACUACAUGGAUACCUCGUUGAAUCCAGAAGUCACGGGUGAUCCGCAUGGAUCAGGGUACGGAAAAGAAUGGAAACGUUGUAAAGUGCAGUUCCAGGAUGAAACGUUCCAGAAGGAGAUUAAGGAAAAGAGUCCCGAAAUCGCAGCGGCCGCUCGAGUGUAUCAAGUUGCAUUGGACGUUUACGAAUUUCAUAAGCAAGAACUGGAGCAAUGUGAUGGGGCCCAAUCCUAA